UCGCUCUGCGAGCCAGCUGCGUCCAUGGCCAUUUGUCAGUUCUUCCUUCAGGGCCGGUGCCGCUUUGGAGACCGGUGCUGGAACGAACACCCGGCCAGGGGGUCGGGCGGGGGACGGCACCAGCCCCAGCAACAGCCCUCAGGUAGCAACAGACGCGGAUGUGAUGCCUCAAACCAGAGGCGCUCUGGUGUCAUCCAGCCAUCGAGCUUCUCCAAAUCUGCACCAUGGGGGGGCAGCAGAGAUCAAGAGAAGUCAUCUGAUUCUUUUCAGCUUGGAGACUCAGCCAGCAGGGAGGUAGUCUCUCAGAACACAUUCGCAUCACUUAGCGCUGAUGAGCAGAAAGAUGAAAAGAAACUUUUGGAAGGAAUUGUGAAAGAUAUGGAAGUUUGUGAAUCUUCAGGACAGUGGAAGUUUUCUGUUUAUUCUCCAAUGAAAGAUAAACCUAACAUUUCAGGCACUUAUUGCUAUGAAAUUUUCGACAAAGACAUCCAAAAACUAGUCUUAAGUUUUCUCGAUGGGAUAAAGGAAAACAUGGGAAAAUUUUUAGAAGAAUUCAAAAAAACAAUAGAAGAGCAAAACAAGGAAUUUAGUAAGGAGCUAGAAACCUUAAAUAAAAAGCAACUAGAAAUUCCAAAGCUUAAUAAUGAAAUAACAGACAUUAAAAGCACCUUAGAAGAAAGCAGAAGUAGGAUGGAAACCAUGGAAGGAAGAAUCUGUGGACUAGAAGACGAUGAUUCUGAGAGUAGUCAGUUCGAAGACCAAGUAGAAAAAAAUGAACAGGACAUAAGGGUCCUGUGGGACUACACGAAGAGAAAUAAUAUGCGCAUAAUAGGAAUUCCAGAAAGAGAAGAGAGGAAACAAAGUCUAGAAGAUAUUUUUGAAGAAAUAGUCAUAGAGAAUUUCCCAAAUCUGGGACAUGAGAUGAUUAUCCAGGAUGCUCAACGAGAUCCAUAUAGGUUAAACGCUAAGAGAAGCACCCCAAGACACAUCAUCAUCGGACUUAGCAGGUACAAGGACAAAGAACGCCUUUUGAGAGCAGCAAGAAAUAAGGGAAAUGUCACUUACAAAGGAGCACCGAUAAGACUAAGUGCCGAUUUCUCACCAGUAACUAUGCAGGCAAGAAGGCAGUGGUGUGACAUUUACAAAAUCUUGAAAGAAAAUAACUACCACCCUGAAAUAACUUACCCAGCAAAAUUAUCAUUCAAAAGUGAGGGUGAAAUUAGGGUUUUCCCAGAUAAACAGAAAUUAAGGGAAUUUGUAGCCACCAGAAUAGCUCUACAACAAGUAUUAAAGGGAGUUCUCUAGAAAGAAAGCGCGUUCCCAGUCCAACAAUCCAGUGUUGACACUAAAUAGCUACCUGAGUACAUAUAAUACAUUUAAAAUGAGAUGGAGGAUCUGGACUACAUAAUUGUAAUUGACAACCUAGAAAUAAAAUGGAGAUGAUCGGUAUAGAUAAGAGAACUUACAGAUGUUAAAGGGAAUAUAAGUGGUUUGGUAAUAAUCAUCCAAAAAAUAAUAACAUGAAAAAAUAAAUUACUAAAAAGAACUCCGCUUUGAGGGGGAGUGGAUGUUUAAUAAAAUGUUUGACAUAAAUUCUCUUGGUAAUUAAUUGCAGUGAACAUAAAUGGAUUAGACCUUUGAGUGAGGAAACUGGUAGAUUGGACUGCAAAUAUGACAUGUAUAUGACAAGGGCACACCUUAAGCACAAGAACAUAAAUAGAUAUGACAAGGGCACACCUUAAGCACAGGAACAUAAAUAGAUUGAUGUGCGGGUGGAGAUACUUGACUAAUAAGUAAGCAGUAAUACAAAGCUAACAGUGGCAAUGUUAAGAUAUGACAAGUUAUAAGUGAAAGUUUAUUAUGAGACAGAAGGCCAUAUGUACCACCUUAUUUGAUGAUGGAUGGAACAGUUUUAAAAGGGAAUAAUGAACCAGAAGACCUGCAUAAUGUUAGCCAUUUGGACUUAACAGGUGUAAAGCACUCCACUUAACAGCACAGUACACACACUACUUCAUUGUACAUGUGUUUGGUGUAGACUAGUUUUAGACACAGUAAAUUUACGUAAGUUUUUAAGAACUGGAACUUGUGUCUAAUCUGACCAUAAUAGAAUGAAGUUACAAGUCAAUAAGGAAAACUAAAACACAAAAUUACAAAUUCAUUGAUUUAUAAGCGAGACCAAAAGGAAUACAUAGAAUAUUGUUUUUUGAAUAAGAAUGUAGUCAAAGGUGAAAAUCAUUACUUGGGUCUUGAUCCUAGAAUACACAUUUUAGUAACAAUGUG